UUGGGCAGUUGUUUCAAAUAUCAAAUUUUUCUAGAUAAUGUUAAAUUCUUUAAUAAUGUUACGAAUGGUGAACCAUGCAUUAGGGCGUUUGCAUUCGAGACGUCUUUCUAUGGUUUGGACAGUUGGGACAAACGACAAGCUGAACUCUUCAGAUGGAGAGCUAUAUUGGACGAGUAUCCCGAAUUCGACAUGUUCCUUGCAAAUAUUUUCAGUCCUUUCCUGAUUGACCAACGGCACACGAUCGCGCCGUCUUCGAUGCAAACGAUUGGCGCUGCUCUUGCUAUGAUGGCACUCAUUUCCUUUUUCUUCCUGCCGGACGCGCAAUCCGUUUUCCUCAUGACAUGGUCGCUACUAUCCAUUUCAAUGGGUGUAUGUGGAGGAUUAGCCAUGCUCGGAUCCGAUCUUGAUUCCGUCAGUAUGGGAUGCAUUGUAAUGGCUAUUGGACUGGCUGUGGAUUAUUCUGUACAUAUUUGCUAUCGCUAUCAUCGCUCUGAAUAUACAAGAUCAUCAGAAAAAGUUCGCGACACCUUGUGCUCAGUAGGAUGGCCGAUCACGCAAGCUGUGUCAUCAACUUUGUUUGGUCUCUCCACGACAGCAUUCGUUCCAGCUUAUCUUGUCAGAGUGUUCUUCCAGACCGUAUAUCUUGUCAAUUUCAUAGGUGAGAGUUUAUUUUAUGAGUAG